GAACGGGGCCAUCGUACGCACAUUUUCAAUAACGCUCUCGCUAAUUGCGAUUACACCGGGGGCGAGAAACUAACGUUUUUUAACUCAUCGUUCAGUGCCAAAAACCAUCUAAAAAAGGAUUUAAAGUCGAGUAAAACGUGUGCUUUGGAUCGAAGAUCAAUGAUGCGGAGCUUCAUAAACUUACUUAUCGCCGCCGGUCUUUUCGGAACCGUACUUUCGGAGCUACCGCCUGGAGUGACCUCGUGUCCUCGAGUGAACGAUCCCGAUGCUUACAACAAGUGCGUUCUGAAGCAGCUAGAAGCAAUAACCCCACAAUUGAUAAAGGGAAUUCCGUCGCUGAAAUUACCACCUCUCGAUCCACUCACAUUGCCGUCGUUAGUCGUCGACCGAAAUCUCGAGGCUCUUAAAGUCAAAGCUAAUUUGACGAACAUUCGAGUUCACGGUUCAACGAACUAUUUGAUCGAUGAUUUGCGCGCCAAUCGUGACAAUCUUACGGUCUACUUGAAGGUUCAAUUGCCCUACAUACACGUCAAGGGAAACUAUGACGUCAAAGGAACUAUUCUCCUGUUGCCGCUGACGGGAAAUGGAGCUUUCCGAGGAAACUUUACAAAUACUCAAACGAGAGUAAACGCCCAAGGCAGAGAGGUCACCGACAAAAAUGGUGUGAGGAGAAUCGAGAUUCACAAACUCGCAACUAAAAUUCGCGUCGGCGACGGCAACAUCAGGCUGAAGGCACCAGCCGUUCAAAAAAUUACAGCUGAUGCAGCGAUGACUUUCUUCAACUCGAAUCCUCGCCUCGUUCUCGACAUCAUAAAUCCCAUAAUUGAAGAAACUGCUGCGUCGAUAGCGAAAGCUCUGGCAGCGAGAGCGCUCAGCGUCCUCACAGCCGAAGAGCUGUUACCCUAGUCCCACACAGUCGCGCGAUCUCCAUCGCACCAGUGAUUUUUACCAUAGAAUAUCAAAACCCUUUGAUCACAAUUAUUCUAAUUUGAUCCUUUGCUACUUCAUUUCAUGCUAAUUGCACAUAUAUUGACUCUCGUACAGCGACGUGUGUUAACCGAAGACACAUUGAGAAUGACGUUCAGAAUUCGAUCAAUGCACACGAGAGUCGCGUUCGUUGCUUUAGGGACGAUCGAAGUCUCAAGUUAUAUUCGUGAAGCCUCAAAUUCGAGGCUUCAUAAAAAAUGGAAAUUUGUACAAAAGGAUUAUUGUUUACAAAAAAAGAGGAAAACCUCAUUCGGACCGGAAACAAAUUUGUAGGAAACAAAUUUCCUCAUUCUCAAUCGCGUCGGAGCAAACAAAGUGCAUCAAAAUUUCUCACUAUUUGCGUACCUUUCGAGUGUGCUUGAAAGUAAAAAGCUGUAAAUUUGAAAAACUUUUGAAUAAUUUCCCUUCGUCGAACAUAUUGUGACAGGCUUGACCGCAAAUUAUGCUUCCUUUUUGUGGGAGGAAGAGUGUCAAAAAUAAACCAGAAGCGAACAAGUGGAA